UGUAUAUAGAUUCACUCUGCUCUCUGCACGAGGCAGCAUGUUGUGUUUUAUCCUGAUGUACCUCUAGAAGUACUGUCAAACAAAGGCUACUCUAGAGAGCCAGGUCCUAAUGUUUAAAGUAAUAGGCUCUAUUUUAAUGAGCACACUGAGUUUCUGAUGUUUGCUUUCCUUAAAAUCCAACUUGCAGCAAUUGAUUUUAACCAGCUUCUAACUUUUUGUGUCCUUCUAUGUGAUCUGACGAUGAAUGUAAAGCAGAUGUCACAAAGCUACGUCUGUAAGGCCAUUGUAAAGGCCACAUCACUUGAAAUGCAAGAAGUCCUGAGUCUCCGGAUCGAACAGUUGCUGAAUGACACUUAUGAAGAGGGACCAUUAUCCUUAUAUGUGAAACCUGAAGAUGUGGCUGUCAAGCCAAUAGCACUAAUGGAUUGUCCACAAAGUUUUUCACAUACAACCUACAAGGGGAAUUAUUCCUGGCCGCUAACAAGUCCGGCUACAGAAGCGGAGGUCAGCUGCAGGAAAAACCCUCUGCAGUCUGCUCAGAGGAGCUGUGCAAUUAGUAUUGAACUUGAGCAAGCUUUCUGGAAGAAACCAAAUAUGACUGAAUGUAAAUUACUGGAAGAACUUCCAAAUAAUAUUUUAGACCUUCAUAAUAUCAUGAUAACAGAAGACAAUGCACAAGAUGUUGUACAGCAUAUUUUAUACCUCUUGCCAGAUGCAACACUGCAUAUGGAAGAAUUAGAAAUCAUUACAAGUAAAAUUUCUGAUAUUGUAGGGGUUGCAGAUAUGACUGUGACACUUGCAGAGACUAUAUUGUCUAUACUAAACUAUAUUUUGCUGCAAAAAAUAGAAGAUCAGAACAUUAGAAAAAUGACCAAUAGUAUCCUGGGGACAACGGAAGAGAUAGGCUAUAAGGUGACUUACACAGAAAGAAAUACGUCGGUGAUAACCACUUCCUUGGCUUUGCUGGUGACAAGUCCGGACCCCAGUGUGUUUGGAGGGUUGGCCUUUGGCGUGACCUCCUACAACAGAGGCAUGGACCUCAAGAUCGAUGUUCAAGAAAACCCUUUCAAAAACGCCCUGGCCUCGGUGUUUUUGCCAAAAUCACUGAAGAAAUUCUUAGGGAUUGAGCACUCCGAUCCAGACAAGCAUUCGAAGAUCCAGUUUAAGUUUUUUGGCAUGACUUCACUCUUUGCAGAUGACAGUUUAAAGAAGGAGAGGCUGAAUACUUACGUUGUGGGUGCCAGCAUUGAACAUGCAUCAAUUCAGAACCUUAAUGAGCCCGUGACUAUUACUCUUCAGCACGUAGACCGAAAUACGGGUAAUGCAGCAGUGCACUGCGUCUUUUGGGACUUUGAGAAGAACAAUGGACUGGGUGGUUGGAAUACAUCGGGGUGUGAAAUGGAAUAUACAGAUAUGAAUUACACAAUCUGUUUUUGUAACCAUCUUACCCAUUUUGGAGUCCUACUGGACUUGUCCCGGACACAGACAGAUAUCACACACGAUCGUAUAUUAACUCUGCUAAGCUAUGCAGGAUGCGGUGCUUCUUCCCUGUUUUUGGGUAUAACGCUGGUGACGUAUCUAGCCCUGGAAAAGCUGCGGAGAGACAACCCUUCAAAAAUCCUGCUCAAUCUCUGUGCCGCACUGCUGAUGCUCAACAUGGUCUUCCUCACCAAUUCCUGGCUGUCCUCCUUCAACCAGCCCGGUCUCUGUAUCACCGUGGCCGUGCUGCUUCACUAUUUCCUUCUUGCGGCUUUCACGUGGAUGUGCCUGGAGUCUGUUCACUUUUACUUGGCUCUUGUCAAAGUUUUCAAUGUUUAUGUCCCAAAGUACAUCCUCAAAUGCUGUGUUGCUGGCUGGGGGAUACCGGCUAUUGUAAUUACUAUUGUGCUGAUUAUAAAUAAAGACUUCUACGGCAAUGGAUCACAUUCGGAGGGCAACCCAUUCAGUAAUUUUUGCUGGAUUCAAGAGAACAUAGUGUUUUACAUCUCCGUUGUGGCCUAUGUCUUUGUAAUCUUUUUGACGAAUACCGCCAUGUUCAUCACUGUUCUCCUUCAAAUCCACUCCGUGAAAUCAAGGACACAAAAGAGAUCCAGAAUCUGGAAACGGGGUUUUCUCCAAGACCUCAAAAGUGCUUUCAGCUUGAUGUUCCUUUUGGGCUUAACUUGGGGCUUUGUCUUUUUUGCCUGGGGAGCAGUGAGGAUAUUUUUCUUGUAUCUCUUCAGCAUUUUUAACACCUUGCAAGGGUUCUUUAUCUUUGUCUUUCACUGCCUAAUGAAGGAAGAAGUAGUGAAGCAAUGCCGAGUACACUUUUGCUGGGGAAGAUGUCAUCUGAAUAAUUAUUCUGACUGGAGCGGGUCAGGUGGAACUGCUGGAUCUACACCAAGGCGUUUAAACCACACCUCACCCUCCCAGCGUUUGUGGAGUCUAAAUUCUAAUGGAACAAGUACAACUUUCAAUGGUUCAAAUUUCCUUCCCAAGACUUCUCCGGAUGGAAAUUCUAGGAUCGCUGAAGUUCAUUACAACCCGAGUGCUGUACCUCCAGACGACGGUGAGACCAAACAGCCUUGUUCACGAAGAAUACUACCCAUGGAUACAGACCGCACUAUCCACAGAGAGCAAGAUUUUUUCACUGAUACUGAAUUUGUUUUCUUCUGA